CCAGGGAGGGUGCUCCUGAGGAGACCUGGAGGCCGAUUGUGGCAGAAGGCUGUGUGUUGGGGGUGACCUACCUAAUUGCGUGGGCGGGCAGACAAGCUGCUACUAUCCCCGAGACGCCGUUUCCACUUCGGGCAGGCGUCGCAGGGAGCGGGCGUCUGGGAAUCUGGUGGACGCGGAGGGAUUCCGGGCCCCAGAGGCUGCGCCUGCGCGGCUUUCCCAAAACACUGGAACUUGUAUGUCAGACACCACGCCCUCCCCUCCCUCACCUGGUCGCUUAGCGACAGAACCGCGUGGGUGUCCCGGUCUUCCUGCGGCUCCUGCUCCCUCCAAAUUACCGGUGGUCCCUCGUAUUUUAACCCUAGUCCUGUUAUUGACAGGUGCCAGGACUCUGUUGUAUAUAGCAUCCUUAGGUAUUCCCAAAGACACAGGAUGCUGGGAAAAAAAAAUGACUGAGUGGUUAAGACUACUAAAGUUCUCUUGCAGGACCCGGAUUCGGUUACCAUUAUCCACGUGGCAUCUCACAACUCUCUGAGUUCCAGGGGAUCCAACAUCCUCUUCUCGACAACAGGCUUACAUGAGUGGUAACAAUCCGUAUUCCUUAUUUGGAGCAACUCUGGAGAGGGAUGAUGAAAAGAAUUUAUGGAGUAUGCCUCAUGAUGUGUCCCACACAGAGGCAGACGAUGACAGGAUCUUGUAUAAUCUGAUAGUCAUUCGUAAUCAGCAGACUAAAGACUCAGAGGAGUGGCAGAGACUCAACUAUGAUAUCUACACCCUGCGGCAGAUUCGCAGGGAAGUGAGAAACAGAUGGCGGCGAAUCCUCGAAGACUUGGGUUUUCAAAGGGAAGCCGACUCUUUGCUGUCAGUGACCAAACUCAGCACCAUGAGUGAUUCUAAAAACACAAGAAAAGCCCGAGAGAUGCUGUUGAAACUGGCUGAAGAGACCUCCAUCUUCCCAGCCAGCUGGGAGCUUUCUGAGAGAUACCUCUUGGUUGUGGACCGUCUCAUUGCUCUUGAUGCUGCCGAGGAGUUCUUUAAGAUUGCUAGCCGAACUUACCCCAAGAAGUCAGGGAUCCCAUGCCUGGCAGAUGGCCAGAAAAAACUGCACUACCUUCCAUUUCCAAGUCCCUAAAGGAUGGCCCGGAAGAAGAUCAGAGUUCUUUCACCAUGACACCGCAAUUUACCAAAGCUGGACCCACUGCCUGUGGUUGCAAGUGAGCCAGGAGACGGCUUUCUACACUCAGACACAAUUCUGAAUCCUACAAAAUACAUGGUCUUCCUCAGGGCCUCAGCUUGAGAAUGCUCUGGUUACAUUAAAACACCUGGCAACUGUUCAUCGAGAAAGGAAGUUAAAGAGUUGGCUGAUGCAUAGUUUUUCCUGGCUGGUCAGAUUCCAAGAACUCAUUGCCUCAUUGGCUGUAUAAGCUACCCUCAUCCAUCUGUGGAGGACUGGUGUUUGUUUGUUUGUUUGUUUGUUUGU